AUGGUUGACUUGGUCAAAUGGUGUCUGUACGUCUCGUACUUCUACGGACGCUUAACUGGGGUGCUUAACUUCGAGAUCGACCUGCGAACGGGCCAGACCCGUAUCACCAGGUGGGCCACCAUCUACGCAGCUUGUGCCCAAGCAUGCUUAUUAACCCUAUGGAUUCAUCACACAUAUGCAACGAAGACUUUGACUGGUAUGUGGGCCAGGACCAACUUGCUGCACAGGUGCGUUUUCCUGAUCAUGGCUGUGUUUCGGAUUCUCUGUGCUUUGCUGGCCUUGACUAGUCGGUGGUUGAUGCGACAGGAGUUUAUACGACUGUACAACUCGUUCCGUCGCCUUUUUCGCCAUAAUCCGGAGGCUAUACAACACUUUCGCAGAGAGAUCUUUAUAAAGUGCUUCUUCGCCACAGCUACGGAAGCCAUGCAGCUGGUAAUGGGACUAGUACUGGCGCGAAAGUACCUGACUAUCACUAUGAUUCUGGGCCUUUUGUCUAUAGUAACCCUAACGGCCAUUAUAAAUGGGAUCAUCACGCAGUACUUUAUUGCCAUUGCACAUAUACGUGGGAGCUACAUACUGCUGAACAAGGAACUGGAGACCCUUUUAAACGAGGCUCAGUCCCUGAUUCCCCGCCGACGUGGGGUCUUCAUGGCCAAAUGCUGCUUUCUAGCAGAUCGCCUGGAUAGGAUCGCGCAAAGGCAGUCUGAACUUCGGAAUCUGACAGAUCGCCUCUCGAAAACCUUUGAGAUACAGCUUGUUUGCAUGGCAGUAUCCUAUUACCUCAACGCGGUGGGAAGCUUCUACAUGAUGUUCAGCAUGGUAAAGUACAAACACAUGGUGGAUGACUGGCCCCCGAUCGUACUUCUUUUGGGAGCUCUAUACUUUGUGUGUUUCUUCCUCGAUAACUGGAUAACUAUGUUCAACUGCUUUCACCUGUUGGACGUCCAUGCUGAGUUGGUAAAGCUAAUGAAGCAGCGAACCUUAUUUGCACCAGGCCUGGACAGUCGGUUGGAGAAAACAUUUGAAAGUUUCGAACUAAGCCUAGCGCGCAACCCAUUUAGGCUUCGGUUUUUUAGAUUCCUUGAUGCUGACCGAUUCACAUGCUUUUCCUUGUGUAACUCUAUGAUAACCAACUCUAUAUUCCUCAUUCAAUAUGAUAUGCAGAAUUUCUGA